GUCGCCCUUCAUCCAGACUCUCUCCCUCGCGCCUCGAUCCACAUCGCACCCACCUCACACAGCUACCUGCCUGCUCAGCCCCGCACUUCCUACGCCACUUGUCGCACCCACCCCACACAUUCACACACACACACACACACACGGACCUUAUCGCAAUGUCGCCGGUAAAGGUGCCAACCGCUGCAAAGCACCCACUGGACCCCCCUGCCAAGGAUGAGAUCCUCGCCGUCAGCAAUGCCGUGCGUACAUACAUGACCGAGAAGCUCCACGCAAAGGCGUUCCGCUUCCUCAACAUCUUCCUACACGAGCCAGAGAAGAAUGCCGUCAUCGAUGCCGGCUUCUUCGCCGGCGGAAGCGCUGCUGCUGCCACCUCCAAGGUGCAGCGUCAAUUCUGGGUUCACAUCAAUGACAUUGUGUCCGGUGCUGCCUAUGAGAUCCUCACCACCAUUGACAAUGGCGUCUCCAUUGACAAUGUAGAGAAGCUCGCAGAAGGCGUACAGCCAUCCCUCACUGCAGAGGAGCUCUGUCUGGCAGAGGAAAUGUGCCGCAAGGACCAGCGAGUCCUCAAGGCAGCUGCCGACGUUGGCGUAUCCGCAGAGCAGCUCUACUGUGAUGGUUGGAGUAUCGGAUGGGACUCGCGAUGGCCAGGCAGGCGUUUGCAGAAUUGCAUCGCUUACGCUCGUUACGGAAAGGAUGAGCACCUCUAUGCUCACCCCUUGGACUUCAUGCCUGUGCUGGACUGCAACACCGGUGAGAUUCUUGCCAUCGACUACCCUCCUCACCGAGUCGGAAAGGAUGGAGCAUUGAGCUCUGGUACUACCGCCGAGCCCAAGGAGGCCUCCUUCGACCCUCCCACGGAGCGAGCACGAAUCCCACCCCCUACCCAGAAGCACGACUACCUGCCAGAAUUUGCCACUGCUUCCCCCUUUAGCCCCGAGAAGCCCAUUCAGAUGCGAACAGACCUCAAGCCGCUUCACAUUGAGCAGCCAGAGGGUGUGAGCUUCAAGUUGGACGGAAACGUCCUGGAGUGGCAGAAGUGGAAGGUCCACGUUGGAUUCCACUCGCGAGAGGGCCUGGUCCUGUCCACUAUCACCUACAAGGACGAUGAGAUUGCAGGCGCCAGCAAGGCUGAGCCCAAGGAGAGGCCCCUCUUCUACCGUAUGAGCUUGGCUGAGAUGGUUGUGCCCUAUGCCGACCCUGCCUGGCCCCACUACAAGAAGUUUGCCUUUGACGUAGGAGAGUACGGACUGGGUUUCCUUGCCAACUCCCUCUCGCUCGGCUGCGACUGUCUGGGUCAGAUCCAGUACAUGGACGGCCACAACACCAAGCACGACGGUAGCGUUGACACUGUCAAGAAUGCCAUUUGCAUCCACGAGGAGGACACUGGACUCAUGUGGAAGCACACCGACUACCGCUCUGGUGGACGAGCUCACAAUGUGCGAGGCAGGAAGCUAGUCAUCUCCAUGGUGUGCACCGUAGCCAACUACGAGUACCAGAUCAACUGGAGCUUCCACCUGGACGGCAACAUCGAGCUUGACAUUAAGCUCACUGGUAUCCUAAACCUCUACCUCUUGGCCCCCGGAGAGCCCACUGGCGGCUACGCUACCGAGGUGGCACCUCAGAUUUCUGCCCAUCUCCACCAGCACUUGUUCUCCCUCCGAGUAGACCCUCACAUUGAUGGUCCAAGGAACAGUGUCGUCGAGCAAGAGAUUGUGGCCAAGUCUGAGCCUACUGGAAGCAACGAGAACUGGGCCGGCAACGGUUUCACAACGGUGAAGCGCGUGCUACAGACUGCCGGCGAGGCAGUUCGUGACGCCAACCCCAACAACGAGCGUAGCUGGACCAUUGUCAAUGAGAAUGUCAAGCACUACUCUAGCGGUAGUCCCGUAGGCUACAAGCUCAUGACCGCUUCUAUGCCCAAGUUGUACGCCAAGCAAGACUCCAUCUGUGCCGUACGCGCACCCUUCUCAAAGCACAGUCUCUGGACCGUCCCUUACGAGGAGAUGCGCCUCUACCCCGCCGGACGCUACCCCGUCCAAACUCGCGAGGUGCAAAAGGACUCUGUACAGAAUUGGGUCGGUGAUGGAUCUGCCAAGGUGGCAAACGAGGACAUCAUUACCUUUUUCACCGUCGGAACCACGCAUGUUCCUCGACCGGAAGACUUCCCAGUCAUGCCCGCCGAGACGAUCCGAGUCAUGUUCAAGCCAGUUGGAUUCUUUGCAAGGAACCCAGCAUUGGAUGUCCCUUCGGUGCAGGAUGCAAAGAGUGUUGCGGCCAAGUUCGGAAUGGAGACGGGAGCGACGAAUGGAACGAAUGGAACAUCGUGCUGCAAGUGAGCGCUCACCCAUCGGUUGUGCUGCGCUUCGCUCCGCUGUGCUGUGCUGUGCUAUGCUAUGCUAUGUUGUGAAAUGGUGAAUAUGUCUUGUAUCGAUCGUCCUAUGUCUCGUCGCGUCUUAUGCCCUCUUAUCGGAUCGGGAAGAAAUUCUAGCUAUAUGUGUAUGUAACGAAGAGAAGAACAGAGUGAUAUUUGUGAUGUGAU